AUGCAUCUGAUUCCCAUUGAAGAGGAUGAUUUCCAGCUCCAUGAGGAUAACAACCUGCUGCACAUGGGAGAUCAAAACAAAGAAGACAUCAUCAUGAAUGAAGGGAAUCUGGGAGGGGAUAACACAAACCAGACUGAUGCAGCCAUAUCUCAAAGCACAGGUAAAAUUGGCUCAAGUGUAAGAGGAUGGAAAAGAGCUAGAAAUGCAGAAGGCAGGAAUUCAAAGAGCAUGGCAAGAACAGGGGGCAUUGUCAUUCAAGAACCAAUGAAAAGCUUCUCAGAUGCAUUGCCAGUCAAAGCAGCUUUAAGGAAAAGGGGAAUGUUUGUGGAUGGAAUCUGUCAAUCAUGUGGAGAGGAGAUCGAGACAAAUGAGCACUUGUUCUUUCAUUGUAGAAGAGCCAAGGAGGUAUGGAAUUUAGCUCCGAUCCAAUGGGAACUUCCUAAAGAUCCUAACAUCAAAUUCAGAUCAUGGUGGGCUGCUGCUUGUGGUCCUCCUAGGAUGAUCGUGCGUGGAUCUCCUCCACCAGGUGCAGCGGCGUGCGGUAGGCGCGGCUGCGGGCUGCACACGUGCAGCUGCAGCACACAGAUGGUUGUUGCAACCGCUCGUGGCGUUGCGGCUUCUGGGUCACUCGCGAUUGCGGGACGCUGGGUGGACGUCCACGGCUAUUGCUACGGAACACCGGCGAGGAUGGGGUGUUGUGCGGACAAGGGCUCCUCGCAUGAGGCUGCGAUACGACUCAGCGUGGCUCGCGUGCGUACAGGGGCUGGCCUCAUGCGCUUGCUACAGUUCACCUCAGCGUCACGGUGGCGAUUUCUCAGCAGGUGGGGCGAACGUUCGGGGCUGUUGAGGUGGGUUUUUGGGAGAGAAUUUUGGUGUUAA